GUUUGGCUAAUGUUCKUUGCUUGCUCAGGCUUGCUUGCCUGAAGAUAGCGUGCUCCGUGAAGAGACUAGAACAGAGGCUGAGUGGUAAAUCAAUCAUGGAAGAUAAUACCAAGCACAAACUAAAAUGCAUAUUUUUCACAACUUGAAAUGUAGCUAACUAUUCUAUUUUUUCUUGUCAGGAAUCAAGCAGAGUUAAACGCUUAUCAUUAAUGAUUUGGGCAUCGUUUUAUCACGAAAAGGAAGCAUGAGCUAGCUGGUCAGUGAAUUGUAGCUAGGAAAACACCAUCGAUUGUUAGCUAGCUAGCGUGCUUGUUAACGGUAAAACAGAAAGAACACAAUUCGUCAUGGAUUGCUCGUAAKCUUUGUGAUUAAUGUUUUGUAACAGGAAUGUGUUUGAAAAUGAGAGUCUUUUUUGAUUCUAACUUGCUAGCUAGCUAUAACGUUCCAUCUGAAAAUUGUCAAAAUUGUAUGAACAUGUAUGUUGACAACGGAGCUAUAACGACGUUAUCUGGCAAGGCUCAAGCCUGGAAUAUGUUGGGUUGCUAACGUUACAUUAUUGCGUCACGAAAGCCAUCAGAUAGGGAAUAUAUUACACUCGAUUUCUCGAGUUACUGUGGCUUUGUCAUAGGAGCUUGCGCCAUUGUCCUUGGAGACGGAACCGCAGAAAUGUGGGUACUAUAGCAGCUUGCUAAAAAAUACAGUAUUAGGGCCUAUGAGGGGGGCAAUCUUGGCAACGUCACUAGGCACGGUCACCACCAAAGAAGUCUCCCGAAACGGAAGAAGUGACAGGAUGAACAACAUCAACAAAAGCAGACCCUCCAGCUCCGCCAGCUUCUCCUCUACCUCAACAGCAAGUGCCCUUGAUGAUGACAGCACCAGCCUCAGGCAGCAGAAGCUGGAAAAGCAGAGGGCGCUGUUGGAGCAGAAGCAGCGGCGGAAGCGGCAGGAGCCUCUGAUGGUGCAGCCCAACCCAGAGGCCCGGCCCAGGCGCUCCAGGCCUCGGCGCAGUGAGGAGCAGGCCCCGCUGGUGGAGUCACGCCUCAGKAUCACCAGCGAUGUCAUCAUGGACGGUAUCGACGGCCCUGCUGCCUUCAUGGGCUCUGAGGCCCCAGACCUGGGCGCCAAGAUCCAGAUUCUGUCGGUGAGCAAGUCCCAGCCCCUGUCCCUGUCCCAGCCGCUGCACCAGUCUCCCCUCGCCGAGGAGCCUGACCGGGACGGGGACACGGAGACUCUGCUGGAGCCCAAGACGGACAUCCACGAGCUGCUGCAGAAACGAGAGGCGUGGGACAUCUCUCUCUGCCCCUCCCCCUCUCUGACUGACCCCGCCAACGACAGGGUGGUCCAGUUGGUUGGUGCAGUGGAGAAGGGCCCAGAGGAGGGCCCAGAGGAGGGGCCGGAGGAGGGGCUGGAGGAGGGGCCAGAGCGCCCACUGUCUGCCAGGGAGAAACUACUCCAGUCAGGUCUGUCAGGCAGUAUGAACUACGAAGAGGCCAGUGAGGAUGAGGAACACGGUGACGAAGACCGGACACGCUCGCUGUCCCCCAACCCAGAGUCAACCCGGCCUGCGUCUGCCUCCAGCACAAAGUCCAACACAGAAUACGUGACACCGGGGUCGCCCACGGCGGAGAGCGCCCUGAUCGAAGUGGACAACCUGGAGGAGUUUGUGGUGCGUCCCGCCCCCCGUGGCAUCACCGUCAAGUGCCGCAUAUCCCGGGACAAGAAGGGAAUGGACCGCGGCCUGUACCCCACCUACUUUAUGCACAUGGAGAGAGAGGACGGCAGGAAGUUUCUUCUUGCUGGGAGGAAGAGGAAAAAGAGCAAGACGUCCAACUACCUGAUCUCAGUGGACGCCACGGACCUGUCACGUGAGGGAGAGAGCUUCAUGGGGAAACUGAGGUCUAACCUGAUGGGGACCAAGUUCACGGUGUAUGACCAAGGCACCAACCCCUGUAAGAACCCUGGAGCUCUGCUGGAGGAGAGCAACACACGACAGGAACUCGCAGCCAUCUGCUAUGAGACCAACGUUCUGGGGUUCAAAGGUCCCCGCAAGAUGACCGUCAUCAUCCCAGGCAUGAACAUGAACUUUGAGAGGGUCCCCGUCCGUCCAAACAGUGAGCAGGACAGCCUUCUAAGUAAGUGGCAGAACCACUCAGUGGAGAACCUGAUUGAGCUGCACAACAAGGCCCCCGUGUGGAACGACGACACCCAGUCCUACGUGCUCAAUUUCCACGGCCGCGUCACACAGGCCUCUGUCAAGAACUUUCAGAUCGUCCACGACAACGAUCCGGACUACAUCGUAAUGCAGUUUGGRAGAGUGGCCGAGGACGUAUUCACCUUAGACUACAACUACCCCAUGUGUGCCCUGCAAGCCUUCGCCAUUGGRCUGUCCAGUUUUGACAGCAAACUGGCCUGCGAGUGACCAACUCCAUCACGACUCCUAACUCGCCAUUCCCUCCAUGGCCCUUUCAACCCACUCCCUGCCCCUCCAAAACAACGCCAACUCCACAACACCGCCCCUCCACCUCACCGUCACAGGAUUCAGCAUCUUCCUUGUACAGUCAGCAGUCAGCUCACCAGCAGUCUGCCACUAUGGAAAUAAUCAUGAACUAUGACCUCUCACCCCUUCGUGGUACAUCCAAUCAUGGCACUCGAAUCAUGCUGACUUGGAGAGCGGAUGAAGAGAGUGGGUGUGUGAGAGGACAAAAGCAAGUAGAUUUGGGCGGAGAAUAUAGGAUUUUCCUUAUCGGCAGAAAAAUGAAAUUACCAUCCACAAAGGGAAACUUGUCAAAUCAUCAAGGCACCUUUGUUUUUAUUUGUAUUUAUCUGUAGUUCUGUUUCAAUGAGUUUGUAUUGCUUUUUGUUGCGUUAGCUGUUGUAUAUUGGUGAUUUUAUGUGUAUUGAAAUUGAUUGAAAGGGAAAAAGGACACCAAGCAUCAUAGCCCAAAGUGUCAUGGGCACUUCUUGUUAGGGACAGGACUUCUAACACAGACUAGACCAGGUCACAGGAGAUGGUGUCUUUGAUUUAUUUCAGAUUUUAAUGUUUUAUAGGCCUCAACACAUGUCUGAUGAACUUAUGAGUUUUUAGCAGAUGCUUUUAAAGUUGCCUUUAAUGUUGAUUCCAAGUGUCAUUUUACUCCAUUUGACAUUCUGUUGCCUUCCACAAUCACUGUUGUGCGAUUCUUUUUUUGCAGCAUCAAGAUGUUCAAUAACUCUAACGUUAAACUAUUUCAACCCUUUUUUAUUUUCUUCCUUUUGAAGAUGAAUUUCUCGUAAUCACAUUUAUUUGCCUGCGUAUCCAUCCAAUGUGUCCUCAUCUGUUUUCUUGUUUUAAAAACACACGUUAGUAAAAGUAUCUCAGUAGCAUUCGGAGGAGUUUGGAACGGAACAUUUCUUACUGCAAUUCCUUUGUACAUGUCAUUUUGUGAUGUUUUAGCCCCAUGUCAAGUUAAAACCUCACGGGAAAGUCAAUAGAGUUGCCCAGCAAGCACGAUUAAAGGAUUUUAUUAUAGUUUUAUAUAAGAUAUGUCUUAAUGUUUGGACAUACGGCUCAUUGUUAAAUAUCAUGAAAUGUCAGUCCUAAAUGUCAUUUCAAUGUGUGGAAUACAAAAGAGUUAGCCUGGAAUCCAAACAAUAGAGGAAUAUUCUGUUUGGAUUCCAAGUCACCCUGUACUCAGUCUACAUUAUAUGCCAAACUUAUCUACCCAUUUAAAAUGACACCAGAUUGGAUAAUAACACUACAUUAUAUAUGUACUGUAACUGGAAGUGCUACUCUGUUCAGCAGACUAUACUUGUACUGUACCAUGAAGUCAUUGAGAAACCACUGGGCAAGAACUGGUUGGAUCAACGUAGUUUCCACGUCAUUUCAACCCCAACAUUUGAGGUGAUGACUUUGAAUCAACGUGGAACACUGAUUGGAUUUGCAAAAAGGAAUUGCGUCUUUUUUUUAACCCAACUUUUAAAUCCAAUGGCUGGGUCAAAUGUUUGYUUGAUUUCACGUUGGUUGACAACUCAACCAAAUGUAAAUCAAAACUAGACGUUGAACUGACGUCUGUGCCCAGUGGGAAAUUACUUUUGGGGCGACAUUUAAGGUGCAAAAUAGUUCACAUCUGUGCAAAAAUAAAUAAAUAAGGUGAGCAUAGAAAGUUAUUUAAGUAGAGUUUUAAGUACACUGAAAAAUGCAUAAAUAGUGGCCUUUUUUACAACGCUCAUUGCUGAAGAAAAGUUUCAAAUUACAUCACAAUGCCAGAUUAUUACUUUUACAGUAUUUUUUGCACAGUUUUAAACUAUUUUGCACCAUGAAGAAGUCKCCCUUGAUUAAAGUUUCAGCUGGAUGGAUGUGCUAUAGAGAUGAUUCUGUCCAGUACUGUGAUUCUUGUUCUUGGAGGAUUAGGAACAUUCCUGGGUAACCUGCAGGAUGCAUUUGAUURCUGUCCAAACAAGACAAACACUGAUUAUGUGUGACAGUGUCYGYAAACAAAGUUAAUUCACAAGAUGUACUGUUUGAAAGAGGGAAAGUGUUUGUUUUUACAAAAUAUAUUAAAGCGAGAAAUAUAACGUUUUACUACAAGAUACUUAUGGGGAAAUGCAUGCCAUUCAUAACUUAACUUUCUGACAAUUUUUGGGGGAUUGAAUUUCAGAAAUAUGACUGUAAAUAGAAUAAAUUCAAGAUAUUGUAAAGUGAACAAGA